AUGUGUCAGCCCAAUACACUUCUGCCGACUGCCGAGGGGACCAACAUACCUUCGCAAUGUCUGGGCGCAAUUGCCUGAAGCAAUCGUCGACGGGCGACCCGAAUGCUCACGCGGGGGUCUGCUAGCGUCUUGAUACAUCGCUGCCUUUAUAUAACACAGACAGGAUCAGCAUCUCGCAGCCUGUACCUCCGAGGCGGCCCUCCUGCAAUGGAUCCCAUACUGUUCCUGUUUGGCAUUCUCUUCGUCGUCCUGGUUUGGCUGUGGAUGUCUGGAUAUCGAACACCUACAACUUCGCGCCUCCCUCCAGGGCCGAAACCGGUUCCCUUCUUGGGAAACGUCCAUCAGCUUCCUUCAGUCUCCCAGCAGACAAGGUUCAGGGAAUGGGGGGCUCAGUAUGGCGAUAUCGUCUACCUGCGCCUUUUUCGGACAUCAGCAAUCAUCAUAAACUCUCUAGAGGUUGCGCAAGACUUACUGGACAAGAGAAGCGCAAAGUACUCGCAUCGGCCGCGCUUCAUCUUGUUACAGGAUCUGAUGGGAUGGGAUGUGCUGACGCACUUCUCAUAUGGGGAACGCUUCCGAAGACAUCGCAGAUGGAUUGCAAGCGCCUUUCAGGACAAACAGGCUCUCUUGAGCUACCGCCCGAUCCAACGGAGAGAAAUCUCCGUGCUUCUGUCCGGGCUGCUCGAGACGCCGGAGCAGUUCAUGCCUCAUAUCCGAAGAUACGCUGCAGCGUUAAUCAUGGAGAUCGCCUAUGGCCAUCGCGUUGAAUCCGUAGAUGAUGAGUACAUUCACAUCGCAGAGUGCGCCGGCAAAGAGACAGUGGAAUCCGGGAAUGCCGGGUCGAUGCUUGUCGACUUUUUCCCGACUUUGCAAUAUCUGCCCAUAUGGUUCCCUGGCGCCGGAUUCAAGCGGAAGGCCGCUGAGGUCAAGAAAGUAGUACAGAAGAUGUUCGACAUGCCGUUUGAGAUGGUGCGAAAUGCCAUGGCGUCCGGCACAGCGUCUCCAUGUUUCACAGCGUCUCUCCUGGACGAAGUCCUUCGGCAAGGAUCCCUCAGCAAGGAAUAUGAGGACGACAUCAAGUCUGCUGCCGGAGUGCUCUAUGGAGCGGCAACGGACACGACAGUAGUCAUCCUGUCGACUUUCAUUCUGGCUAUGCUGUUGCACCCCGAAGUCUGUCAGAAGGCACAAGCAGAGAUAGACCGUACGGUCGGGACCGAAAGACUGCCAGACUUUGACGAUAGAGAAGCGCUGCCUUACUUGGAGUGUGUCAUUCGCGAGGUCUUCCGAUGGAAUUGCCCUGUGCCGCUAGGUAUACCUCAUCGAACGAUACAACCCGACGAGUACCGGGGUUACAACAUCCCUGCGGACUCGAUGGUGAUCGCGAAUAUAUGGGCGAUGACACGAGACGAGGCAUCAUAUCCACAACCAGAGGUAUUCCGGCCGGAGCGCUUUCUUGAGAUGGAUCAUCAGGCGCUGCAGUUGCUCGACCCUCGCAAUAUCGCGUUCGGCUUUGGUAGACGUGUCUGUCCAGGGCAACAGUUCGCAGACAGCAGUAUAUGGCUCGCGGUAGCUCAUCUCGUCGCCACCGUCAACAUCACCAAAGUGACAGGCAAGGACGGCAAACCCCUCACGCCUGCUGCGGAGUUUGUACCAGGAUUCGUGAGCCAUCCUAAGGACUUCACGUGCAUCAUCACUCCGAGGUCGGGGAAAGUCGUCCAAUUGGUAUCGGAUCUGAGGGACAUGAGUGCCUAAUAUGGGCUCGACACCCGCUCAUUGUAUUUGCAACUACUCUAUUGAUAUACGGUGCUUACUCAGCUGUGUAGAACAACCUACCUCACUCAUGAUCGAGUGAACGUUCAAUGAAAUUUGGACAAGGUAUUUGUCGAAUGCCGUCAGACACUUCUCGC